UCCAAUGGCUGUGGAAGGUAUAGAGUUUUGGGGAGUGCAUAUAAUCAACAUAUUAUCGAAGGUGCUUAGAUAUUGAUCCUGUAUUUCGAGGUAGUUCAAAUUCGUCUCUCUUGGACCUCCGGGGCUGACCUUAAUUUUUCCGUGCUUGGUGGAGAAUAAUUCACUGGUAAAAUGCCGAAGAGAAAGUCUCCAGAGGGUCCCGAGGGCAAGGAGACCUCCAAAGUCACAAAGCAAGAGCCCACCAGAAGGUCGGAGAGAUUGUCAGCGAAGCCUGCUCCACCCAAGGCUGAGGCCAAGCCCAAGAAGGCCAUCGUCAAGGUGGCAGAUGAUAAGGGGGCGAAGGCAAAGAAAGGUGGCGCUAAGGGGAGGAAGGACGACGGCCCUGCCCAGAAUGGAGAGACCAAGACCAAUGAGGUAACUGAAGCAGCGGAGGAGGCGACUGAGGAGAAGGCGUAAGGACACGGAUGCGUCCACCGACUCGUCCCUUCUGACUCCAUGGCAGCAAAGCAUCUUUUUUUACUGACGAUUUUUGUACCAUGCUGAAUUUUUUUUAGACUUGUGAUAGUAGAGACGGACAACCAGCAGCCCCAUCCCAUAUGUUCAGACUCCUUUCAGCUCCUCCACCUGCCGUAUGUUUUUGCUCGAUUCUCCUCCCUCCUCCAUUCUGUAUCACUACACGCCUCAGAAACCGAAAGACAGAAUGAAGCGUUUUUAUCAGGCUGCUGCAGAUGUUCUUCAUCUUGCCUGAAGUGGGCUGUAAACUCGACUGUUAUGAGCUGUAAAGCAGCUCUGUCUAUAUCUGUAGUUUCUACAAAAGAUGAUCAUUCUUAUUGGCACUCUUGAAUUUUUCCCCCCUGAUGGUUAAGGUGAGGAUUUGUGGAUGUGUAACAGCAGUUUGGAUGCAGAGCUACAAGAAACCAGGUUCACAGUUGCCAUGGAGAACAUCUGCAGCUUUUUAAAAGUCAUCACAAUCAGUCAAGUUUAGAAUCAUUACCAAUGUGUUUCACAUAGCUCCUUUUGUAUGUCUGUGCUGGAGUGAAUGUGUUUGUGGGCCUCUCUGUUUAACUUAGUUCACUUUGUUUGUCCG